AUGGUCUCUCCUCCUCCUCAGACCCCCACCGCGUCGUUGUCUCCUCGGCCAUCCAGGACCAUCCAAGAGAUCUCGGGCACUUUGAUCGAUGAAUCGGACCAGAUCAACCUUGUGCCAUUGCCCACAGUAUCCUAUCCAUGGGGGUUCUUGAGCGACCUAGAGCUCAAAGGGAUUCAACUUCAGUCCCAGGAUUGGAAGACAUUGAUUGAAGCUUUUGAAUUCACGGUAUUGAGGUGUCUGGAAUUUAAUUGUAGCAAUUUUGCGCAGGAUCAACUCCAAAUUCUUGUCGAUUGCAUUCCCGAGGAAAGCAACCGUCCAAUGCCGCUGCACAUAGGACUCAUAUGUACGUGGAUUAGUGAAUUUGCCGAAACACUCAGGUUGACCGCUGCGCUCAUGGAGAAGGCGCCUCAUGUCAUCAUCGAUCAUCUAUUCAAUUAA